UUAAAAAAACCUGCUAGAUUGUUCGUUGCCACGUGCGGAAAUUACAUACGUGAGAGUAGAGACCAACGUCCAGGAUGAACCGUGCCUUUUCACCAUCGCUGGUCAGACCGACCCUGCCGUUGAGAAGACCUGCAUCAAGUCCAGGUUUAGUGACACCAAGCAUCGUGACUCCUGUAAUUAACAACCAGGGUGCCUGCUUACCUCAAGCACGGUCUCUGUUGACUGGUAGCUCAGAUGCUGAAGGUAGCAGAAACGAGAAAGAGUGGAUGCCUGUGAGAGACAACAGUGCUAGAGCUGGAUCUGUGUCUGCUCCAGUUACAGUGAGCCUGUGUAAUUAUUGCAGUAAGCAAGGUAAUCUUAAGUGCACAGGCUGCAAAAGGACUUGCUACUGCUCGGUAGCUUGUCAGACAGAGGACUGGAAGGCCCAUCGCCACAUUUGUAAACUAAGUGCUCAGGAAAACACAGCAAGUGACAAACCAAAGGAGUCCCUGACCCUACCUGGACAUGGAGCUAGUGUUUUAGAAAACAAAGUGAACAAGAGUCAUGUGGUUGAAUCAAAGAGAGUUUACCUUCGGGAUUUACGCAAGAACAACAUCUCUAAGGGAGAUGAAUUCCAAGCAACCGUGGUGGAAAUGCGGACCCCUGGGAAGUUCUUCAUCCACAUCCAGUCGAUGGAAAUGCUUGAGACCCUAAAGAACAUCACUCUAAAUCUACAGAAGGCAUACAGUGGUUCACUUGUGUCUGAGUACAAGCCCGAAAUUGGGGAAAUCUGUGCUGUGAAAUACUCUUUUGAUCAGAAUUGGUAUCGGGGUCAAAUUGAGUCUGUUGAUUUGAAUCACCACACUGCCAAAGUGCUUUACAUAGAUUUUGGAAAUGAAGAGGAGGUCAAAUUUGACCAGAUAUGCCCCAUGUCAGCAAAUAUUGAUGCUGCACCAUCAUGUGCACUACAGUGUUGUAUUGCUGGAGUAACUGCAAUCAUGAGCAGUUGGACAGGCGAAUGUUGUAUUGCAUUGAGGCAGCUGGUUGCUGGAAAGAGUCUGACUUUCACUGUGGUGGAUGUCCUGUACAGCUCUGUGCUUGCUGUAGAUGCGUCUCUGUCCACACUUGGUAAGAAUCUGAGUACUUUCCUAAUUGACCAGGGCUAUGCAGUGAAGGACAGCACUUCCACAAAGCCACAGAUCAAGCAAGAUAUCAAUUCUUUAAUGACUGCAUCAUUUGAAAACUUCAAGCGUUUGGCUGAUGGGAAAAAUGAGAACACUGAGGCACAGCCACCCGAACCUUUGAGUCAAGAGGUUGGAGACAUCUUCACAGCUAUAGUCACCCAUCUUCAGUCCCCAUCAGAGAUCAUCUGCCAGAAGCUAGAAAAUGCCAGUGUUAUACAGCAGUUACAAAAAAGUUUGAGAGAACAGUGUACCAAGACUCAGGCCAGUGAGAACUUUCGACCUGCUCCUGGAACUAUCUGCUGCUCUCUUUUCUCAGAGGACAAUCAGUGGUAUAGGGCCAAAGUCUUGGCAUAUUCCUCUGAGGAUCGUGUGUGUGUGGGUUACAUAGACUUCGGGAAUUCAGAAGAGGUGGUGUUGAAUCAGUUGCGUCCUAUCAAUAUGGAUCUGUUAGUUUUGGCUUCUCAGGCAAUCCCAUGUGCCCUGGCAGGUAUUAAGCCCAUUUCACAUGUGUGGUCAGAGGAGACAGUUGUAACGCUGAAACAACUGGUCUGUAACCGCUUCCUCCGUGUGGAGAUUCUUGGAGAGCGAGAUGGAACAGCUUUAGUCGCUAUGGUUGAUGAGUCCAGUGAUCCUCAGACUAAUGUAGCUGAGCUGCUGGUUGCUACAGGUCAUGCUACUGUUGGGGAAAUGGAGACAAAAAAAGAGGACGCAUGUGAAAGUGCUGAUGACAAAUUGGAGUGGUCCUGUGCAGAACUCCCCACUGAUGGCCAGAAGGUGGUGCUAGUGAUCAGUGUACUAGAAAAUCCUGGACAGUUCUACUGCUAUAAUUACAGUGCAGAUGUCAUGCAGACCAUGGCAGAGUUGUCCACUGCUCUGAUGAAGCACUGUGAGGCUGAUGGGACUCCUUUUAACCCUGUUGUUGGAGAACCCUGUUGUGCUCGCUUCAGUGGUCAGAUACAUGUCUCUAUUCAUGAUUUUAUACAAUAUGGGAACUGGUAUAGGGGUGUGAUGCAGAGUCUUGAGGGAGAUGGAACUGCUAAAGUGUACUUUGCAGAUUAUGGGAACACUUGUAAUAUACAAAUAGCCCAUCUACGAGCCAUCAAACCUAGUCUCCUCAAACACCCUUUCCAGGCCAUAUCUUGUUGGCUUGCAGGACUUGAGCCUGUAGGAGGGGAGUGGAGUAAGGAUGCAGUGCAGAAGUUCCAGACUCUGUGUGUGGGGAAGCAGCUCACCGGGAGAGUGGUAUCCGUCACUGAGAAAGGUUAUGGAGUGGAGCUGGAGUUUAGUGGCCACAACAUUGCUGCUGUACUCAUCGCGGAACAACUCGCCAAACCUUCAGGACAGGAGAAGAAGCCUGAUUCACAAGUAGCCUCAUUCAGUGAAACUGCAGAAGUAUCGUCUGCACCAGUGUCUGCUGAGAAUCACUCUUGCUCUGAGCAGCCAGUUAAAACCAGUGGACAAAAACUUGCUCCAUCACAUACCGGCCCAUCAAAUGAAUCGGUUUCAUUUCCUCUGGACUGGAAAACCGUAGAUUUGCCUCACAGUGAAACUUUCCAGCCUCAGGUGGCAGCAGUGACCAGCCCAAGUCUCUUCUAUGUGAUGAAUCCUAGAGAGGUGAACAUAGAGAAGUUGCAGAGUGUUAUGACGGAUGUGAUGAGGUAUUGCAGCAAACAGACGCUGCCCAACCAGAGCAUGCCUUUACCUGGAGCAGCCUGCUGUGCUCAGUUUUCAGGUGACAAAAACUGGUACAGAGCUGUUGUGUUGGAAGCUACCAGCACAUGCGCAGUUGUGAUUUAUGCAGACUAUGGGAACAUUGAGAGGGUUUCUGUCUCUAGCCUCCUGCCAAUCCCGAAAACACUUCUGCAGCAGCCCUUUCAAAUAGCUAGAUGUGCUCUUUCUGGUAAAAAACACUUCCCAACUAUGUGGCCUCCUGAGGUCCUGGAGCUUUUUGGUAUACAGAUGAGUGGCAAAGUACUGGCGACUGUAGAUCAUUUUGAUGGCACCUUUAACUUGCUAAAUGUUACCAAGCCCACAGCCCAAGGAGGAACCAACAUUAACGCCAUUAUUUUAGAGGCACUGAAGAAAUCUGGCAAGUCCAGCAUAAAAUCGCUGACCCAAGACACACAGGCUCAGGGAUAUGAGCCGACACAGGCUGGUGUUGCAUCCUCUGCCUUAGUUGAUAACUUAUCUACAGACACAGAGAAGCCCGAACCUCAAAGUCAGAAGAAAGAAAAUGCAGAGACAACCGAUGCCGGCGCAGAAAAGGGUGACCCACAGACCCCUAAAGAGUCAGUGACUAACAGUAACGCAGCUUCUGCUUCGUGCUGUUGCGUGUCCCUUGAACAGAAGAUUGCCCAGAUUGAGGAGUUGCUCCUUCUGCUUGUGAAGCAAAUGGGUGUAAGCCCAAAGUAAUUUAUGUACUAAAAGUAGUUAGUAAAACACAUUACUAAAAGUAAAACACGUUACUAAAAGUAGUUAGUAAAACACAUUACUGAAAGUAAAACACGUUACUAAAAGUAGUUAGUAAAACACAUUGUGUGAAUAUAGAGCAGAGUUCAUUACUGCUUGUCUGUCUCUCAUUUAUCUUUUUUAUUAUAAUAAUUUUGUCAAAUCAGAAAACUUCUCCUUUGUGAAACACUCGUUCACCUUGUUCUUGUUGC